UUCAGUCUUUCGGAGUCGUUGGUAGCACACGGAAGAAAUUUAUACAUAUUCUGCUCCUUUUUGCGUGCGUGUACGCUACGGAAGCAUAAGAUAGCAGAAUUGUGUGUUUCUUCGCGAAUCAAAGUUUACGGCAGCCAACCUUAAAGGGGUGCUAGAGGUUCAGCAAACGGUGUACCUAACCGAACCAUUCGUAUAGUAAGAAAGUGGUGUAUCGGCGUAUCGUACAUUUUUGUAUAUCAUGCUUUCUCAAACGUUGUUUGGUGCUGUGUCUAGCUUUUGGAGUGUAAUAAAUUAGCUUGAAUAGAUUGGCCGUUGAAUGCCUCUCUGUAGGUCGAUAUUAUCUAUGUUGUGCGCGAGUGUGUGAGAAAGUGUGUGUUUGUUUGGCGGUCCGGUUGGACACCGCAGUGUUUUACAUAUUUUGUGAGUGCCAACGAUAGGGUUGAACGCCAGUGCACAGACGGGUGGUUGGGAUGAGAGUGUGUUUUGAAUGUAUUAAAAACAUGCGGGCACAAUUUCGGUGGAAAACAGUACAGUACUGAUUGAGAUAAUAAAUUUGAAUGCAUGCUCGCGUUUGCUCAGUUUAUUUCGGUCAAAGCACCAUAUCUGUACGUUGUACUUAUGGGAAUAGUUUUGCAUAAGUUUUACCGCUAAUACCACUGGAGUUACCGCACUGUUUGCGAAGGGAUUUUACACAGCAGCGAUCGACCAGCAUACGGCAGGAGCAAGUACGCUCGAAGUGGUCCCGAGCUCGUUCAUCAUUUUUGGAGUACACUGCGGUUUGCCCUUCGGUGGCCAUCAUUAUACGCUGCUGACGGAGUGAAAUUUUAUCCAGUGCAGAUUCUCCGAGGUUCUGAAUAGAAAAUGGCAACUCCUUCAAAUAUGAUGAAUGUAACAUUGAAUGUUGAAAGAAAAUGGAUUCAGACCUCGGGAACGGUUGGUACGAUCUAACGCCGCCUGGCGGCGUUGAUUGAUCCUGGCAGUAUGGAGCACCAGUGUGUGGAAGAACGUGUCUUAGAAUGGUUGCACUACAUCUACAGCAACGAUUCCGCCAGGGCUAUCGUGCUGAACGCCGCCGAGUUUAAACAACGGUUACUCUACAUACUCGCGACGCGAUUCAACAUGGACGAAACCGGAGCCAGUUACUAUUUGCAUGCGUUCGAGUAUCAGAACAUUACCGAGCACAACAUCACCGAGGAGCAUGUGAACGACUUCCUGCGAAGGGUGUUCCAAUCCCUGAACUUCCUAAACCGAACGAUUCCGGAUCAUGCCGACGUGGACGAGGUGGAAGCGACCAACUGUAGCGAUUAUUGUAAAGGGGCCGUUCGGGAAAUACUGCUCGAGUACAAAUUGCUACAUGGCUACAUUUCACUUGUGAUAUGUUUCUUUGGCACAAUAGCCAAUAUACUCAACAUUGUAGUGCUGACUAGGAAGGAUAUGACCAAAGUGCCGAUAAAUCGUAUUCUAAAAUGGCUUUCCGUGACAGACAUGUUUGUAAUGCUCGAGUACAUCCCGUUCGCAUUUUAUAUGUAUCUUAUACUUCCAGAUCGUCGAGACUACCCAUAUUCUUGGGCCGUUUAUCUAAUGUUUCACAUGCAUUUUACUCAAAUAUUACAUACGAUCUCAAUACUGUUAACAGUUACGCUAGCAAUUUGGAGAUACAUUGCAAUCAAGCAUCCACACGGUUCGCUCGCUAUUUAUGCUCAAUCAAACUACGGGCAGGCUAUAGCAUUGUGCUACAUCUUGGCGCCAAUCCUGUGCUUUCCUACGUACUUUGUCUUUACAAUACGACAGACAUUCGUUUUCGACGGCGACACCCAGAUGAUACUGUUCCAUUUGGAUACGGAUGAAAAUACAAUUGUCUAUCGAUACAAUUUCUGGAUCCAUUCGGUAAUUAUCAAGCUGCUUCCAUGCACCAUCCUAACCGUCAUCAGCUGCGUACUUAUACAGGUACUUUGGAAGGCAAGCAAACGGCGCUUGAAAUUGAAGCAAGGGGGAAAUUAUUCGAAAAAUGGAGCUUCCUCCGUCACGCCACAAAGUGGAGGUGGAAGCAGUGGAGUUUUACCUCCGAUUAGCAAUGGAAAUCGCCCCCCGCGAACGGAUCGUCGGGCAGAUCGGACAACCACUCUGUUAGUGGCGGUGCUACUGCUUUUUCUCUUCACCGAAUUUCCCCAGGGCAUUCUGGGGCUAAUGAGUGGUAUACUGGAAAAGUGUUUCUUCCGCCGCUGCUACGGCCUUUUCGGCGAGGUGAUGGACCUGCUAGCCUUAAUCAAUGCUGCCAUCGGAUUCGUGCUGUACGGGCUUAUGUCGAAACAGUUCCGGACGAGCUUCAAGUCGGUUUUUUUCAAAACUCCAACCCAUAGGGCCGAGAUUACACGCAUGACCGGCAUCACAACCACCUGUGUCUGAUCGUGUCACACCCGCCACAUGCACUUUCCCUUCCGUAAUGUUCCCACCAAGCUUGAGUGAUCGAUGGGUCACCAAGUACCUUCACCUUUCUGUCAUAGUUGCCCUUUGUGCCAGAGCUUUCGUGACACUGCUGUACAGCUGGAUGGUUCAAAGGUUAUCGCUAGGUUCAAUUGCUAAACGAAUUUUGUAGGUUAAGUCUGCGGAAAAUUACCAUCCUAAAAGUAACGAAGUGCACAAUGCAGUAUUUGCAACACAAUCGAUUGCUGCAACAGUAGCCGAUUGCAGUAUUCAUAGACGUAGAAUACCUAGAAAAUGAACCUGUUGUAGAGCGAUUUUUACUGCUGAAUGGGCUAGACGAAAAAAAUCAGGAUAAAGUAACCAUGGUUGCUAUUUACUAGCCAUGGGUUGGAGUUGUGAUUUUAUCAAAAACCAAAACACAAAACGAACAAGAAAAUACGACUAAGGUGUAUAUAAUACUCGUUAAAUUGUACACAGGGCUUCCCCCUGUUGGUAAGAAGUAUAAAAAGGAAUUAUAAUCAGCGAUAGAAGAUGUACAGCAUAAGAGCACUAAGGUUGGAUUAAUUCAUCAGAUGUUACAUGUUCAUCGGUUCAUAGAGUGAUAAUCGUUUUUGAUGCAAACUCAGCAAAAAAAUGCAAAGGGAACCAUUGUUUUUUUGAAAAAAAAAGAGAAAUAAAAGUCUAUAUUGAUAAUCGUAUUGAAACCUGAUCAGAAUGCAGCGUAGUGAAUUGCGAUUGACAUUUUUAGUUCGAGUUUCCCGGGAAUCGAGUUGUCUCGAGGAUGGUUUCAAUCUGAAAGUUGUAGCAAUUAUUUAACAAUCGUCAAAACCCACCGUUACAAUGCAAACCAACUUCACAUCGAGAAAAGAAGCCGACGUUGCUCGGUGUGUAGAAAUGUUUGCUUCGUGCAGGCUCACUGUUGAAUGUAAUAUCCUGUGCAAGGUCCACUGAGCCCCAAACCUUCUUUAGGAUAUUCGUCGCAUGUGGCCCGAAUACACCAUUACGGUUAUUAUGUUGAUUUAAGGAAACUGCUGGAAGGAAAAGGUUAUGCAACCCGCCACACUUUUAACUCUGCGUUUAGAUCGUAACGAUUCUGGACCAAAGUAAUGUGAAACCGGUGUGCUUAUGUGCGCGCACUUUGAAGCCCAUAGCAUCGUUUCAUUUCAGUUAUUUUCUGUAUUGAGUUACGAGAAUAAUGUUUAUUAUCAUUUUUUAAUUCAAAGUAAUUGCUACAACUUCAGAAACUUAACGAUAAGAAUCCGUGAUAAUUGAUGUAUCAUUCAUCGAAGUAUAUAUUCAAAUGUCAUUCAAGUUACUUAUAGCUUUGAAAGGUUGAACUGACCUUGCAAAACGAAUACUAAUGUCAAUCGUACAAAAACAGAAACCAAAUUUUCAUGUUAUCAAGAUUUUUUUAACUAGUUGCGUACGUUGUAGGACCAAAUGCAAAGCGGCACAACAAUGGCAUAAGAAAUGUAAAAGGCACAUCCAAAUGCAAACAAUGAAUGGAUGUCCUAGUUAGAGCUUAUGUAAUAUGUAAACCUAGAAACUAAGCAAAACUAAACAAAAAAAAACUCAAGAGAAAUCCUAACAAAAAUCGAUUCCAAUUAGUCAAAAACGAAUUUAAAACGACGAACGUAUUUUGCAUUUAACAGAGUAGUGCGAUUUUGUGACAAAUAUAGUCAAAAUAUAGAUGAAGAUACUAGGGAAUGUGGUGUACGAAGGAAUAAGAGUCACUGUAUUUUGAAAUGUAGCUGCCAAGAUGCUGUGUAAAGAGGCGUAAAAUUAUCUAUACAUGCAAGGAACAA